CUCUCUCCGUGUCUCUCUUAGCCAUUACAAACUUGGGGUCCUGGCAAGGGUGGUGGGGAACGGGUCCCGCAUAACUGCCCAUGUCAAGAGCUGUAUACCUAAAUCGGGAGGGACACCAGGGAUAAAGCUCCCUGGGUUAUAGCCUAGGUGCUUAAGGAUGCAGCAUAGAGCUUCCUUAGAUCCCUUUGGAGAUACAACUUGCUAGAGGAAAUGAAAGUCUGAACCAUUAGUACCUAGGAGGCAGGGAUCAGAGGAAGUAGAUUCAGAAGUAAGUAGAAUUUUGGGGCUACACUUUCAAGAAAGUCGUGGUCGGGACCCAGGAGGUAUGGGUCAGAAGGAAAGGAGCACAGCAGACACCCUGCUGGAUCUGGAGGGAUGGAAGUCAGCGGCGGGUCUGCGACGGUGGCAAACUGCAGUGGUGGACAGUUCUGGAUCUGGUAAUGAAGUCAUAGAAGGCCCCCGAAAUGCAACAGUCCUGAAGGGCUCCCAGGCUCGCUUCAACUGCACUGUCUCCCAGGGCUGGAAGCUCAUCAUGUGGGCUCUCAAUGACAUGGUGGUGCUGAGCAUCAGGCCCAUGGAGCCCAUCAUCACCAAUGACCGCUUCACCUCUCAGAGGUACGACCAGGGCGGGAACUUCACCUCGGAGAUGAUCAUCCACAAUGUGGAGCCCAGUGAUUCGGGGAACAUCAGAUGCAGCCUCCAGAACAGUCGCCUGCAUGGAUCUGCUUACCUUACGGUCCAAGUUAUGGGAGAGCUGUUCAUUCCCAAUGUUAAUCUUGUAGUCGCUGAGAAUGAACCUUAUAAAGUUACUUGUCGAGCCUCGCACUGGACCCGGCUCCCGGAUAUUUCCUGGGAGCUCGGUCUCCUGGUCAGCCAUUCAAGCUAUUAUUUUGUUCCGGAGCCCAGCGACCUUCAAAGUGCAGUGAGCAUCCUGGCUCUGACCCCACAGAGCAAUGGGACUUUGACUUGCGUGGCUACCUGGAAGAGCCUGAAGGCCCGCAAGUCUGCAACUGUAAAUCUCACUGUGAUUCGGCGUCCCCAAGACACUGGAGGCAGUAUUAAUAUUCCAGGUAUAUUAUCAAGUUUACCAAGUUUAGGUUUUUCAUUGCCUACUUGGGGCAAAGUUGGACUUGGAUUAGCAGGCACCAUGCUUCUGACGCUGACGUGUGCUCUUACAAUACGCUGCUGCUGCUGCCGCUGCCGCCGUUAUUGUGGCUGCAAUUGCUGCUGCCGUUGUUGUUUCUGCUGCAGAAGAAAAAGAGGAUUUCGUAUUCAAUUUCAAAGGAAAUCUGAAGAAGAGGAGACAAACAAACAAACUGAUACAGAAAGUGGAAAUGAAAACUCUGGCUACAAUUCAGAUGAACAAAAGACCACAGAAACCGCUUCUCUCCCUCCCAAAUCCUGUGAAUCCAGUGAUCCUGAACAAAGGAACAGUAGCUGUGGCCCUCCUCGACAGGGGGCUGAUCAAUGUCCACCCAGGCCAGCAAGUCAUCCACAGGCUUCUUUUAAUCCGGCCAGUCUUGAGAAGGUCAGUAAUACAACUGUAGUAUAGCAAAGACUUCCCCAAGCUCCACUGAGCACUUGGCAGACAAUUUACAACACGGCAAUGGCAUCCUUCCUUUCCAUCCUAAGACUGGCCUGCAGCUUUGCCAACAUUACCUGAAGAGGAGAUGUCGGAGUCAUCAGAACUGACACUUGACAAUGAGAGAAGGAAUCGAUUUUCCCAGAUUUCAAAGUAGAAUGUGACUAUUAAGAGGUUUCAAGGUUUUUGUGAAUUCCGUGACGUUACCAAGUAAAAGCUGCAAAUUCAUCAUAAUUUUUCUCAACACUCAACACUCCUACUUGUUAAUCCAACAAAUGGUAGAUAAAAGUCUGUAUUCUACCAUGACUUGCAAAAGUUUUUAUUAUCUUAAGGCAUAUGAAGGUGAUAUUUAUGUAUAUUUAAUAUGUAGGGGUUUUAUUACAUAUUAUCAGUGAAAUACGAGUAUAAAAGUUAGGGUCAAGCAGAAAUCUACAAUUGACUGUCAAAACUGAGCUCAGUUAAAGGAAGAUUCAAUUCUAAAGUGGAUGUGCAUGUUCCUAAAUAUCUUAUGAUUGAAUAUUUACAUGAAGACAUUCAUUUUUAUCUGCCCCUUUAUCAGAGCUAUUUGCAUCUCCUCAAAUGAAUUAGAUGUGGCUUAUGCUUUGCAGAGGAUGGACCUCACCUACUCUGCACACCAUGAAAAAACUGGAAAUGGGCAAUGUAGUCUUUAAUUAAUAAAAACACCAAAAUGUG